AUGGAGAACAAGAUUACACCUGAGGAGUCGUCAGUGCCCGACGAUACAUCCAAGGACAAGUCUCGGGUCCAUUUUGUGGAAACAGCAGAGGAUGGAACCGACGAUGCCGACGAUUUGCGGAAAUUUGGAGCCGAGGAUGCUCGGAGAGCAGCAGAGGGAACGCUUCUCGAGCAUGAAAUGCCACUGAUGCAAGCACUGCGCAAAUACUGGAAGGCGUCCGCUUGGUCAAUGUUCGUCUCGCUCUGCGUUGUGAUGAGAGCCUAUGAUAUCGAGAUUACCGGCAACUUCUUCGCACUCCCUGCUUUUCAAAAGCGCUUCGGUGAAGUGCUAAAAGGUCACGGAUAUCAAGUCCCGACGGAAUGGCAGAUUGCCAUGGGCAUGGGCGCCAUCGUUGGUCAAGUCAUCGGAGCAUGGGCUUGCGCUAUACCUAUGGACCGGCUGGGCCGCAGAAAGACACUAGCGCUGUAUCUAUCGAUCACGUCUGCUCUGGUGUUCAUGCAAGUCUUUGCGCCAAAUAUAGGCGUCUUGACCGCGUCAAUGUAUCUACAAGGCAUCAUCUGGGGCGGCUACCAUGUGCUCGCACCUGCCUACGCCAGCGAGGUCCUCCCUCUACGACUUCGAUACUUCAUGACGGGCACCGCGAACUUGUCAUACGUGAUCGGCCAGCUUUUGCAAACCGGGAUCACUCGUGCUUUCAUCAACUGGGAUAGCGACUGGGCUUGGCGGACGCCAUACGCAAUCCAAUGGGUGUGGCCAGCGAUCUUGCUCAUCGGCCUCAUAUGGUGCCCUGAAAGCCCUUGGUGGCUCAUUCGCAAGGGCCGUCUCGAUGAAGCGAAGAAAGCACUUGAUAGCUUGACCAGUCGAGAAAUGUGGGAGAGCAAUCACAAUACACUUGCCAUGAUGGUCCGGACCGACCUGUACGAACAAGAAUUGGAGGAUGGUGCCACCUACCGAGACUGCUUCUCCACCAAGAACGGCAACAGACGACGACUCGAAAUUUGCUCAAUGCUCUUCAUCACACAGAAUUUCUCCGGAAAUCCUGUAGGCUUCGCAACAUACCUUUUCGAACAGGUCGGACUGAGCACAGCGAAUGCCUUCAACAUGAGCAUCGGCCUGAUGAGCAUGAAUUUUGUCGGCGCUGUACUCUGCGCCUUCCCACUGACAUGGUUUGGUCGACGGACGUGCUGGCUUUUCAGUCUUUGCUAUGCUCAGAUAAUCCUGUGGCCUGUCGCUCUGAUGUGCUUCGCACCAAACUACAAAUCUAACCACGGCUAUGCCUGGGCUCAAUCUGGAAUGUUGAUCUCCAUGCAACUGAGUUAUGCACUCACUAUUGGUCCUCUGGGAUUCAUUAUCUCAUCCGAUACUCCAUCCACAAGACUCAGAGCCAAGACAUUGUCCCUGACCGCGACGUUCAAUGGCGCUACAUACCUGGUUUUGACAAUCCUUGGUCCUUACCUUCUCAAUCCUGGCGCUGUCAAUGCAGGAGCGAAGAUGGAGUUCUUGUUCGCUGGCGUGUCGGUCUUUUCCUUGAUCUGGGCCUAUUUUCGACUGCCUGAGACGAAAGGCCGUACGUAUGAGGAACAGGAUUGGCUCUUUAGCCACAAUGUGCCUACGAAGAAAUUCAAAGGCUACGUCGUACCGAUCGAAGGAGCUUGUGAUGACGAAAAGGUCAAGGCUGAUCAGGAGGCGACAGCGUAA